CGGCGCGGGCGGUGCCCCUUCGAGUCCAUGGUCGGCAAGACGGUCGCGGAGCUCGUUGACCUCUCCAACCGCACGCGAUGGGUCGAGGUGGAGGGGGGGCGCGUCUCGGACCUGCGCGCGCGCGCCUCGGCGCUCACCGGCAUCCCCGCGCCGCUCCUCCGGCUCGCCUGCGGGGCGCGCGACCUCUCGGAUGCGGCUCCCCUCGACGUCGCGCAGCUGGCGGCGCUGCCGGUGCGGCUGCUGCUGCGGCUGGAGGGUGGUAAGGGAGGUUUCGGCGCGAUGCUGCGCUCCUCCGGCAAGCAGGGCGUCAAGACGACCGAUUUUGACGCGUGCCGCGACCUCAACGGCCGGCGGCUCCGGCACGUCAACGCAGAGGCGCGGCUGAGGGAGUGGGAGGCGGGCGCGGCGGAGCGCGAGCGCAAGAAGCAGGAGCUGGCCGCCUCGCGCAAGGCGCCCGGCCCGCCGCCCAUCGAGCGCUUCGACGACGACGCCUACGACGACAUGCUCGAGGCUGCACGCGAGGGCGCGCGCCAGUCGGUCGCGGACGCGCUCGCGAGCGGGCUGCAGGCGGCGGCGGCCGGCAACGGCGCGGAUUCGGGCGCCGGGUCCUCGGCCGGCAGCAGCAGCGCUCCGCCCGAGCCCGCCGCCGGCAAGCGGCGGCGCGAGGGCGAAGACGAGGGCGCGGGCAAGGAGGGCAAGGAGGCCAAGGUGUGCGCGUCCAUGGACCCGCUGGCGCAGCUGAUGGCCGAGGGUGGAGAGGGGAGCAGCAGCGAGGAGGAGGGCGGCGGCGGCGAGUAGAGCGGGGGUAGGCUCGCGAUUCGAAGAGGCGGCUUGGGCCGGCGGGCAAGGACCAGAAAGACGUAGAAGUGGACGCUCUUGGCUCUCCCGCGGUUCACAGGGGUCAUUCUUGUUGUCAUGUGGGCGACCGUGUGCUCGCUUCUGGAGAUUUGCUGAGUUGUGUGCUCGCGACCUAGUCUCGGGCUCCGGCUUU